GGAGGGGGCGUGUGGAAUCUUGGCCAGUGUCAACCAGAGUGCAGACCACCGAACAUGCAUGAACUGAGGACAUGUAAAUGCUUUCCCUAUGGUGAGACCGCUAAACUAGCACUACCUAGCAUGCUCCUAGCACCGCAGCCUCUCGGCUCCUGUCCCCCUCCCGCCGCCGGUCCAGCGUUCCGGCUGCGGCGGCAGCGCUUGCGCACUGGCGUGCGCGCUGGCUGAGGACGGUCCCAUUGGCCCGGCGCGGGGGAGCGCGGUGGCCCCCAUCCCAGUGGUCUGUUGUCCCGGAAGUAGGUCCCAGUGAGGCCUGGAUCCCGUAGCUUCUCGUGGCCGGCUUCUUGCUUGCCGUUUGGGGGGUUCCCGGGGUUCCCGGCACUUGGGGAGCAGCAGAUGGUGGGCGUCCGGACCCGCCCUCCCCGAACCUGGCGCCAAGGAGUUUCUUCCAGGUCUCCCACAUGGGUGCAGGGUCCCAAGGCUUUGAGCCAUCCUGUACUGUCUUCCCCAGGGCAUGAGCAGAGAGCUGGAUGAGAUGUGUAGCAGCAAGAACGUGAACUGGCACCUGUAAGGAAUCCUGGCGCAUGCAAGCCUGGGCUCAUCUCAUUUCCCCAAGGUGCCAAGCAUGUUGGAACUGGAAAAAGUAAAAAAGCCCCCCAAGAGACCACCUCCCUCAGAGUCAACGGGGCAGGAACCCCAUGUGUGUGCCAGCAGCCCAGUGGCCAGACCCAAGAGUCCAUCUGCCACCCUGACUUGCCCUGGUCCCAAGCUCAUCACCAAAGCUGUCAACACCCACCCUGGACAUGGCCAUGCUGCCGGGGAGGGCCUGCCAGGGGCUGAAGUCAAACCUGAGAUUGUUGAAGCAGAGGAGAAGGCUGCUGGUGACCACAGAAAGAAGCUCAGACCCUCUGCCUCCCCAAAGGAGCAUGAAAGUGACCUGUCCCUUUCAAGGAGCAGCCCCCACCCACUUCCCAGUGGCACGUUGGACCCUGAACCUGACCUAGCCCAGGUUCUCCUUGAGAGACAGGUAGAAGGUGCCCUUGGCUUACCUGCCUAUGCCAGGAAGAAAAAGGCCUGCACCCCGGAUAAGCCUGGUCUUCACCCAGCUGCCUCACAGACAAAGUGCAGAGCCAGCCCUGGGCAGAGGAAGCCAACGAGGGAUUCUAGCUCUAAAGCAGUCCCUGGGCAGGAGCCGCUUGUGCUGCCUAAGAAGAAGGUCUCCAGACAGAAAGUACGUGGCUGGAAAGAAGAAAAGGGGCAGUCCAGAAAGAAGGCAAGGUCCCUGCCGCCCAGUGUGAAGCAGGCUCUUUCUCCCUCGGCUGGCAUCCCAGUCCUCUCCCAGCCCCCACAAGUGGCCAGCCCUGAGAGGCUGGAACUGAGCCAGGAAGCAAGGCAAGCCACCAUCCUCCCAGCCCAGGGGACCCCAGAGGCGCAACCCCCGAAGAAGUGGAAGAAAAAGCUUCUGCUUGCUGGCAUGAAGGAGAAGUUAGAGAGCCAGCCGAGCCUGCGAAAGUCGUCCUGCUGGAAAAAGCUGAUCAGGGCUGUGCAAGCAGAGACUCAGGCCAUGGCUCCUGCCCAGCACUCCCUGGGCCUGCUGCAGGAGGCGGGGCCGAAGCCCAUGCUGGACGUCACCGAGUUCUUCACUGUCGAUCCUAAGAACGUCCGCCGGCUCAUCUGCAAUCUCUGUCACACCAGUGUCAGACAGAGUAGAGCUGAGGGGCGGUCCCAAACCUCAGGCCUUGUCCGCCACUUGGCCAGUAAACAUGGGCUGAGGUGGGAGAGAAGGUCGUCUGCAAGCAGCCAGGGGAACGUGCCAGCAGAUGCUGCCAGCUCCGCGUCUGAGGGGCACCCAGUGCCAAGAUGCCACCCACCCGCUGGACCCUGGGGAGGCAGCAGCAGGAAACCUGCUCUGGACAGUGCUGGUCAGCCAUUCCUAGCCCCGCCAGCCUCGCCUGUUCCACCGGCAGCGGUGAGGGAUGGCCAGAGUGACACCUAUGCUCCCAAUCAGCCCCGUGCCCAGGCCUGGAACCAAAGCGUCGCAGAGCUGCUAUGCAGCCUGGCCUUGCCACUCUCCUUCGUGUCCUCCAAGCCCUUCAGGAAGUUCAUGGCCCAGGUGGACCCCUGCUACCAUCUGCCCUCUCCAGCCUUCUUCUCCAACAAAGCCUUGCCGCUGCUGCACGAGGCCGUGGGUGAGCAGGUGCUUCAGGAGAUGCAGUGGGCUGCAGGGGGCCGUGUCCACCUCACCACCUCCAUGUUGUCCCACGACUCGGUCGUGAACUACGUGGCCAUCACUGCGCACUGGGGGACCACAGGGCAGGAACCAGUGGCUGCACCAGGGAGCCUGAGAAAGCAGGCAGUUCUAUGGGUCCGGGGCAUGCCCCUGGAGAAAACGGUAGAGGAGAAGCAGUCUGAACUGCUAGAGCAGAUCAGUGUGUGGCUGGGCCGCAGCUCCCUGAGAGCAGGGUUCCUGGUGUCGGGCGGCUGCCCCAGCCUGGAGCUGACGGUGAAGGCCGAGGGUUACACCCACAUCCCUUGUUUUGCUCACCAUCUCAACUCCCUGGUGAGUAACUUUUUGUGUCACCACCAUAGCAUCCAGAUUAUCCUGGGCACAGCCAGGGCCAUCUGCAGCCAUUUCCAAGGCUCUGCAGAGGCCCGGAGGCUCCUGGUCCAGCUGCAGGAGCAGUGCGGCCUCCCAGCCCAGCAGCCCUUGGAGGCACUCUCAGACCACUGGGCUUCAGCCUACCAUUUGAUGGAGUGGCUGGUGGAGCAGCAGCAGCCACUGCAGCAGUAUGAGGAGAAGCACCAGCUCGGCAAGGAUGGCACCGCCCUGUCGGCCAUGUUCUGGAGCCUGACGACCAGCCUCGUCCAGCUCCUGCAGCCCUUCCAGAUGGUGGUGCAGGAGGCCAGCACGCCACAGGCUUCGCUGAGCCAGGUGCUGCCGCAGCUGCGUUACCUGCACAUCUUCCUGGAUCAGGCUCACAGGCACUUCCAGGGACAGAGUGCUGGGGAGAUGGGUGUGGCCAUCAGGCUGGCUGAGGGCCUGGCCCUGCAGCUCUCCAUGGACUCUCAGCUCAACGAGUUCUUCUACCGGGAGGAGUUUGUGCUGGCGACCUUACUGGACCCCCGCUUCAAGGGCAAGAUGGAGGCCAUCCUGCCCAUGGGGGCCGACAUCGACCACUGGAGGCAAGUGCUUGUGUACAAAGUGAAGGAGAUGAUGGUGUCUGAAGGCUCUUUGCCGGCCUCAGGCACCCUGCAGGGCCCCAGGGGGACACGUGUGAGCAUUCCCAUGGGCAUGGCCAGGAGCCCGAGGGAGCCACUGCAGAGCUGGGGUGGCUCCAGCUCCUUGCUCCUGGGCGGGCGGGGGAAGAGCCUGCUGGAGCAGCUAGAGAGUGCGGGGCUGCUGGCGUCCGAGAGGAGCGGGGCCUCUCUUGCCACGGAGAACCACCAGGCCAGCAUCAUUGUCAAGAAGUACCUGCGGGAAAACGAGACGGUCGGGGCCCAGGAUGAUCCCCUAGCUUACUGGGAAAAGAAGCGCAGAGCGUGGCCAGCCCUGGCCCAGCUGGCCACCAUCUACUUGUCAUGUCCUGCCACAGGCGCCUUCUCUGAAGAGAUCUUUGCCUCCUUGAACAGCCCCACCAUGAAAGAACAAGAAUCUUCCCUCAAAACAGAGACCAUUGAGCAUCUCCUCUUCUUGAAGGCCAACCUGGAGAACUUCCCCAACUAUACCCCACCUCCCCUUGUCUUCUCCAGUGGCGACCUGGCCAAGGCAGAGUAGAAUGCAUAGCCUGCCUGGUGGCAUCCUGCCCAUGGCAUCUCGUAGGCUCAGACACUUAGAGGAAGACCUGGCAGUCACCUAGAGAGACCCAGCAGUGGGUGAGAGGAGAGCAGAGUGUCACAUCCAAGGACACGACACGCAGAUGGCCAGAAUCUUACCCAUAUGAUAAGAAAGAGGGUUGCCCGAUUUUUCCAGGUGGCCAGGUCUUGUCAGUUGUAUUUGUUUUUCUAGAGGCUGUCAUUUCUACUUGCCCAUUAUCAGUUGUAUUUAAUAGUAUUUGCAAAGAAAAAGCUGGCUGUGUUCAUACAUCAUGAUGAACUGAUACUGUAUGGCUUUGUAAACUGAAAUAUUCUGUUGAGAUGAUAAUGAAUAUCGAGGACUUUACAUACAACUUGUCCAUGUGGAUAAGUGGAUGCAUGCUGUUAAGAGGUUUGCUUUCUCAAAAAAGUAACCAGGACAAGGAGAGGUCUGGGGCCCAGCACGAUAGCGUAGUGGUUAA